AUGACUACACUUUCAACACCCCGCGGGCGUCAAGCCCUUGCCGUCAGCAUUGUUUUCACAACUCUAGCAACACUCAUUACAGCAAUUCGGAUCUACACACGCACAUUCUUGGUCAAGAAGAUGGGAGCAGACGAUUAUGUUAUUCUGGUUUCUCUAGCCUUUUCAUGGGUAUUCUUUGGCCUUUUGGUUGGUGAGGUGUUCCAUGGCAUGGGAGAGCAUUUCGCCGUGAUUCCUAGAGCGAUCUACAAGGCACAAAUGAUCUACUUCUGGGCUUCCGUUCCUAUUUACCAAACAAGCCUCAUCAGCACAAAGAUGUCAAUCCUUCUUCAAUACAAACGAGUCUUCUCGACGCCACGAAUGCGUCUCGCAUGUUGGAUUCUUAUUGGAUUCCUUGGAGUGUACGGAACAUGGACUAUCGUCAGUGCCUGGGCCAACUGCGUACCCUUGGCCAAAUUCUGGGAUUCAUCUGUCCCAGGCUACUGUCUGGAUAAAAAGGCCCUGUGGUUUUCCAACUCGGCCAUCCACAUCAUCACCGAUAUCAUCAUCCUACUGUAUCCCAUGCCAGUGCUCAAGUCACUGCAGCUUCCCAGGAAACAGAAGUUCGCCCUCAUGGCUGUCUUCGCACUGGGUGGAUUUGUUUUGAUCACAAGUGUGCUCCGCCUGCAAUCUCUACUAGUCAUCUCCAACUCCAGAGAUCCAACCUACGACAACGUUGGAGCAGCAGCCUGGUCCGCCGUCGAAUGUAACGUGGCCAUCAUCUGCGCCUGUCUACCAGGAACCCGAGCCUUCCUCUCCCAGCUUCUCCCACACAUCUUCUCGACCAACAGUAACGGCUACCGCAGCAGGACUACACGGCCCACACGCACUGGCCGCAGCGCACUUACCGGGAAUGGAAAUACCCAAGUGCUUGCAUCGGUUAUUGGUGGCCGUGACCAUGGCUACGACAACGACCUUGAGGCUCUUUCGCCAUCCGGUUCCUCUUUCAAUAGCACCUCGAAGGAACCGCAUAGUACCUUCACUGGUAUCAAAGUCACCAACACUGUCACCCAGCAAAGCACUUCUCAUACAAAGAUCUCUCUUCAUGACGACAAGGAGAGUGCAAAAGAGUUGGUGUGA